AUGUCUAAUGAAAGUGAAGCCGGAUUAAGACUGUCUUCUCCAGGAGAUACCGAUUUGGAAACAUCUGCAGCAAGACAGGAAGAUGAAUUGGGGCCAUUAAAUUUUCCGAAAUCUUCUCAUGAAUCUCAAGAAUCUGCUAAGAGCCAUUCUCACAGCAGCACCUACUCACCAAAGCUCAUCGAUGACCAAAGUUUUAUCAACUCGAAAGAGGAACAAGAAUUUGUCAAUGCAAAAUCAUUUCUUUUAACAGCCAGUACAAAGACAGGAAUCAAUUUAUAUGACCAUUUAUGCGAGGUUCUGACAAAGGUACUGGAAGAAAGGAAAACAGAUGCAGUGGACAUGCUGGAAGACUUAAGUAAAGAGACAAAGAAAUUCAAAUUCCAACAAAAUGCUGAUACACUUGUACAGAUGACAGAACCUUCUCCAGAAAUAGCUUUGGCAACCAUUGAAAAAAAACUUUUUACGAAAGGAGAAGAUGAUUUUGAAGAGCCUGAGGAAGAUGUUGAAUCUCCCUUGCCAAACGUGAUGGAGAUGGCAUUCUUUUUCGAACAAGCAGGAAUUGGACUUUCAAAAGAAGAAUACAUUAAAGUGUGGAUGGCCCUGAAGCAUCUGGUUGACACUCACCCACUUCAGCAUGUUCGAUUCUGGGGAAAGAUUUUGGGAACUGAACAGAAUUAUUAUAUUGCUGAAGUGGAAUACAGAGAAGGAGAACAAGUCGAAGAUGAAGAGGAAGAAGAUGAGCAAGUUGAACAAGAUGUAGACAAUAUUGACACUCAAGGAAAUGAUGAUUUUGAUGAAGAAGGAUUGCCUGAAGUGGAUGAACCACCAAAGCCAGAUUAUAAACCACCCCCCGUUGCACCAAAAGAAGAGAAAGGAACUGGUGCCAAUAAGAAAACAUAUUUUGUCAGCAAUGGACCUGGAAAAGCAUGGGUUUCUCUACCUUCCGUUACUCCAAUUCAGAUUGUAAUUGCCAGGCAGAUCAAAAAAUAUUUCACUGGAAGACUGGAUGCUCCUGUAGUUACAUAUCCACCAUUUCCAGGCAAUGAAUCCAACUAUCUUCGAGCCCAGAUUGCUCGCAUCAGUGCAGCCACGCAAAUCUCCCCAAUGGGGUUCUAUCAGUUUGAUGAAGAAGAAGAAGAAGAUGUUGAAGGAGAAGCUCGUGACACUUAUGUAGAGAACAUCGACUUUGAAGGACUCCCAAUCCGAGAAUUGUCUGAAUCAGUUAAUAACUGGGUUCACCAUGUCUUGCAUAUACUUGCCCAGGGUCGAUGCAAAUGGUGGAAUCCAUCACAGAGAAAUGAAGAAGACGUAGAAGAUGAAGAUGAAGAAGAAGAACGAGAAGAACCUGAUGAACCCCAACCUGAGGAUGGCCCACCCUUGCUAACACCCCUUUCAGAAGAUGCCACCAUUGGAGAUAUUCUCCCUUGGACAACUGCGAUUUCUUCCAGUUUAGUUCCUCAGUAUGCUGUGGCAGUUGUCCAUUCUAAUCUUUGGCCAGGAGCACAUGCUUUUUCCAGCAACAAGAAAUUUGAAAAUAUUUAUAUUGGCUGGGGUCACAAAUAUUCGCCAGAAAACUACAGUCCCCCUCCAAUGCCCCAACCACAAGAUGAAUUUCCAGAAGGACCAGAAGUGACAGAGAUGGACGAUCCAACUCCUGAGCAAGAAGCAACACUGAGGGCCGCAUUGCAAGCAAAGGGAGAUGAAGAGAUAGAAGAAGCUGAGGAAGAAGAGGAGGAAGAAGAAGUGUAA